AAAGCCAAUUGCCACCUCUCAUCAUCUUCACUUCUAAUAUUCCAAAUCAAAAUCGUCAAUCAAAAUUCCUUAUCCACCAAACCACCAUGGCGAACCAGAACCAGAACCAGAACAAGCACCUCCACCUCCACUCUAAUCUCCUCCACUCAGCAACCGCCGCUAUUACCUCUCUUAUUUCCACUCCAAAAACGUCGCCGUCUCCAACAAUCCCACUCUCUCCACCCAAACUCUGUAUCCCCUUUCAAUUCGCCGACUCCUCUUCUACACAGCCUCAGCCUGACUCCGUUACUCCCAAAUCCUCCGCCGUUAAGGGCUUAUCAUCCUCCGAGUCAAACCCUGGCUUUCCUUCAACCGUCAGAAUUACCGGCCUUCAUUCUAACGGCAAAGGCGGCGGUGGGCCCGCUUUUGUCGGUCAGGUUUUUAGUAUGUGUGAUCUUUCAGGCACUGGACUCAUGGCUGUGUCUUCUCAUUUUGAUAUUCCUUUCAUUUCCGAAAGUGUUUUAUCUUAUAGAACACCACAGUGGUUGAAGAAGGUGUUUGCGACGGUUACUAAGAGUGAGCGGAACGGCCCGGUUUUUCGGUUUUUCAUGGAUUUAGGCGAUGCUGUUACAUAUGUGAAGAAGCUGAAUAUUCCGAGUGGCGUGGUGGGCGCUUGUCGUCUUGAUUUAGCCUAUGAACAUUUCAAGGAGAGGCCUCACCUUUUUCAGUUUGUUCCAAAUGAGAAACAGGUCAAGGCAGCAAACCAACUUCUUAAAACAAUUCCUCGUUGUGAUGGUAGGAGGAAGGUUGAUGGAGUUCCUGUUUUCAGUGCUCAAAAUUUAGAUAUUGCAAUAGCUACUGCUGAUGGGAUUAAAUGGUAUACUCCAUACUUUUUUGAUAAAAGCAUGCUGGAUAACAUUCUCGAAGAAUCUGUUGAUCAGCAUUUUCAUUCUUUGAUCCAAACUCGGCACAUGCAGCGCCGACGGGAUGUUGUUGAUGAUAACUUGGCAGCGGAAGUGAUUGAAGAAAUGGGAGACAGCAUGUUAGAGCCACCAGAGGUUCAGGAAAUGAUGGAUGAGAUUGGCCAUCCCGCAAUACCUUUGAGUGUCAUUUCAAAGGCUGCUGAAAUUCAACUCCUUAAUGCUGUUGACAGAGUAUUAUUGGGUAACAGGUGGUUAAGAAAAGCAACUGGCAUUCAACCAAAGUUUCCAUAUAUGGUCGACUCAUUUGAAAAACGGAGUUUAUAUUCUUCUCAAAGAGCAUCUGCGCUUACUAAUUAUCAGGCUAACUCUGAAACAGAUGCUGAGACUUCAAAGCUUGGAGUUGAAGACAAUGCUCAAAACAAUCAUGAACAAAGUGCAGAUUUGCGUCUCCCAUUCGAAGACUUGUUUAGACGUCCCAGGUUAAAGCGACAACAUACACCAGAAAAGUGGUCAAAGAUAAGUGAAUGCAGAAACCAAAAGUUAGAGACUAGUCCUUUUCUUCCAAAGAUUACUAUGGUGGGUAUCUCGACGGGAGAAGCAGGAAAAAUGAGUAAAGCUAGUUUAAAGAAGACGAUGGAAGAUCUAACAAGAGAGUUGGAGCAGCCAGAUCGAGAAAAUUCCCCAGGUAAUAGCAAUAAUAAUAAUGACUUAGAAAUCGAAGACCGGGAUCCACUCUUUGUGGCUAAUGUUGGUGAUUAUUAUUCUCGUAUGUCGAAAACAAAUUCUCCUCGAUUGGUUCGUGGAGGAACCAAAUAAAGAGCUUGUUCAGGAAAAGAAAGCUUUCUGGCGGGAGUCACUUAAUUCAUUUAACUAAACGGAAAUAGAAAUUGUAAAGUUUAUAAUGCCGGUCCAUUAAUGUGGAUGCAUAAUUAUGCAUUUGCAUUAUGCUAUUUCAAUGUUGUAAAAUGUAGCCUAAUUCGGAAAGGGUGAUCCGUUAGCUGAGCCGUAGUUGUCCUAGCGGCUUGUAAUUUUGAUGAUAAAUUAGUUUCACUAUGUUAUAGAUUAAUUAUUUAUAUAUAGCAGACAAACAGUAAUUUUGAUAAA